UGUACAACAUUUAGUUGCGUCACAUAAUCCUUCUGUCCUAUUUUCAUUUCCAUGCGAUAUUCUUAUUUCGCCAGGGUUCGUGGGAACCGGAAUUCCGAUAUAAUAAGUAUCCGCUUCGAAGUCGACUAAAUCGACUCGUGUGCAAAAACACCUCGACCUCCGCGAAUCCCUAACCCAUUCAACGUCUCAGUUUUGGCAAUGUUUUGAAUUAUGUUUUAAAUAUCCAAGAAAACCGCGGGCGAAUAUUUUUGCAAAGAACGUCAAUGGGUCGAGGAGCAAGGAAAAAAAAAUUUACCGUCAAAUUAUCAUGUAAGGAAUCGUCGCGGGACGAAGUCGUGAGUUGACAAUAAAAUUCUAGGAUUAUUUCCAAACUUUAUUAUUAUUAUUAUUAUUAUUAUUACUGCAGACAAACUUUGUUUUCGUCAAGUACUCGUACAUAUAUUAUAAGAAUAGUGAAUCAGACCCGCGAGAACGUUGUUAAUUAUUAGUAAAAGAUUCAGCAUGAGAAUAAUUAUUCAUAAUUUUCUCCCACCUUCGAUAUUUGUGUUGGCUAAAAAGGGAGAAAGGCAGAGAAGUAGAGAGAGAGAGAGAGAGAGAUAGAGAAAGAGAGUAAAAUAAACAGCAAAUUUCCGGCCCCAUUCGUUGCCGUUUAAAAAGGCAAGAAAGAUUCUAACCAGUUAUACUCUCAGUAACGGAUCCUGUCCGGCUACGAGGCUGUGAUCUACAUAUGAUCAUGCAUACCUAUAAAGUCUAAAAGACGUGGGGAUUUUAUCCGAUGUAUCCUACCUACGUGGCCCCCAAACGUAAUUCUGAAUCGAAGAGGUACGGAUCACCGUCAACGUCUGCACUCCCUCUCGCUGUAUCUUUCUCUAUUUUUGUUUUCUCAUUUACUCUUAUUGAAAAGUUCUUAAAGCCAUUUUUGUGUGUACGCUCCAGUGUGUACGUGUGUUUGAUUUAUAUUUCCGAAUCGAAACAGUAAAAGGAUAAGAGAAAAAAAUGGCGAGUCACUGUCGCCCGAAGAUUUUUCAUGUUUUUGUUUUGUUUGCCGGUUUGUGUACUGUUCGAUGCAACAUUUCUCACCCUGUCCAACCGCUUGACGCAGCUCUACCCGCGUUACGUGAAAGUAACGCGGGUGGCAGUUUGUCCGGCGUUGAUGACGAGCCAAAUCCGACCGUAUCUCCGGUUUUCUCGGAUCAGGCGCUUCGUCAAACCUACUACGAGCCUUUUGGUACCUUUGGAUCAUCCAGCAGAAGACGAUGCCCGUUGUGCGACAGUUCGGUGUUUCCUUACUGCGGUGAAAAACUUUUUCACGACGCAUGCUGCUGCACCGAUCCCUACCAGUACCCACUUCCUUACAAGUGCCAAUUAGCCGAUUGCGCCUUUCUUCACGCUAAUACCUGCAGGGAACACAGGCUCAUUGCCAACUGUUGCUGCAGCGACGAGUACAGGUCCUUCGUGAGGGGAAGAGACGCUGCGGUGGCUGAGAAAGCGGUUGAUAAUUGAAAAACGAGAAUCACAAGGGCGGAAGUUUUGGAAACGGCGGAAAAUCAACAUUUUUUCUACGCAACGUUAUUUAUGACGCGUUUCUGAGUGAAAAAAAAAAAAAAAUCGAACCAAUAGCCGGUGAAGAAAAGAAAAUGUAUAAAAAAAAGGGGGAAAAAUAACAACCAACGGUUCGAGGAAGUCGGCCGGAUUCUUAUACCUCCUAA